UUAAAGAGCCUCGCCUCCGCCGGGCUCGCGCUCUCAGCAUGUCCUGGUUGGUGUUUUCUCCCGCGCUGCUCCUGCGGCUCCUCUGCUCCUCCAUCCUCACACUCCUCUCCAGGCUCCGCUCCUACUGGACAGCUGCUGCUGCGGGACCGCCGGGCCAGAGGUCAGAGGUCACCCCGACCAGCGUCAACUACCACUUCACGCGCCAGUGUAACUACAAGUGCGGCUUCUGCUUCCACACCGCCAAAACCUCCUUCGUCCUGCCGGUGGAAGAGGCCAAGAGGGGGCUGAGACUCCUCCGGGAGGCAGGCAUGGAGAAGAUCAACUUCUCUGGAGGAGAGCCCUUCCUCCAGGACAGGGGGGCCUUUCUGGGCUCGCUGGUCCAGUUCUGUAAGCAGGACCUCCACCUGCCCAGCGUCAGCAUCGUCAGCAACGGCAGCUUGAUCCGAGAGAGCUGGUUCCAGAAGUAUGGAGAGUUCCUGGACAUUCUGGCCGUCUCCUGCGACAGCUUCGACGAAGACACCAACCAGCUGAUAGGCAGAGCUCAGGGCAGGAAGAGCCACCUCCAGAACCUCUACAGGAUCCGGUCCUGGUGCCAGCAGUACAGAGUGGCUUUCAAGAUCAACUCGGUCGUCAACGCCUUCAACGUGGACGAGGACAUGAGCGAGCACAUCGUCCAGCUGGACCCGGUGCGCUGGAAGGUCUUCCAGUGUCUGCUGAUUGACGGGGAGAACGCCGGACAGUCGGCUCUGAGGGAGGCCCGGAGGUUCGUGGUCAGCGAUCGACAGUUUGAGGACUUUCUGGACAGACACAGCGGCGUCGCCUGCCUCGUCCCCGAGUCCAACGAGAAGAUGAGGAACUCCUACCUGAUCCUGGACGAAUAUAUGCGUUUCCUGGACUGUCGAGGAGGAGGGAAGCAGCCGUCCAGGUCCAUCCUGGACGUGGGAGUGAAGGCGGCCAUCUGCUUCAGCGGCUUUGAUGAGAAGAUGUUUCUGAGGAGAGGAGGGAAAUAUGUGUGGAGCAAAGCAGACAUGAAGCUGGACUGGUAGCGGCUUCGCUCUGCGGCUCACGGACAAAAGCUCGCUCUUCUUUGCUGUUUCCUUUCCUGCUUUUGCUCGUUUCAAAGUGUUGCACAGUCGUUACAGCGGAGAAAGAAACAUAUUUAUGAAGGAAAACAUUUCUAUUGUUACAGAGCACAACAUUUGCUCCUUGUUAUUAUAAUAACUUUGUCUGAUGUUCUAUAGAGGCACCAAAAACCGUUCAUCUGUCUCUUUCUACAUGAGUGGUUCCAAAGCUGUGGUCCGUGACCCCCUCGGGGGCCAAAGAGGUCAACUGAGUGCAGAGAAGCACUGUUCCUUCUUUCAUUUUCGAGUCUCUGCUCUGAGUUUCAUGUUGUUGACAGUUUGAUUGUGUGUGAGUGUUCGGCCUGUUGGAUCACUGAUUCUCAAAUAUCAUUAAAAUGAAGCGUUUUCUGUGACGCCUCCUUUGACUACUUUAA